AUGUUGGUGUUUUCUUUUGGCUCGUUGGCUUUAGACGAGUCUUCGUUUGAGUAUCAGCAACAGCAGACCCAGCAAAGCCAAAGCCAACAGGCUCAGCAAAGCCAACAGGCUCAGGCUCAACAGGCUCAAGCGCAGGCUCCAGUUCACACUCAACCAGUUCAAAGCCAGACUCAAAGCCAACCAGUUCAACAGUCUCAAGCUCAACAGCAACCUCAACAACCUCAACAACAACCUCAACAGCAAGAAGAACUCCCCAAGCAACAGCCCCAUCCUCAAUACGACUACUACUCGCAAUUCCAACAACAGUUUCCCCAGCAAACCACCCAAAGUAUGCCUGGAGCUCAGUUCGUAUACCCUGGUAUGGACUACAACUACACUCAACAGUCGGUGGCUUCGCCUGCUGCCAGCCAUGUUUCGGCUGCUUCGUACCAAUACGCCCAAGGUGGUCAAGGUCAACCCACUAGUCAAGAAGGUAAUGUGAGCACCCAAUCACCCGUGGUCAAUCCCUCGGUUCUUCAGCAGCAACAGCAAGUUCCUGCUGCCCCAUAUGGUUACCCUUACUACAAUUACUACUACAACACUCCAUUCUACGGUAACGGUGCUGGAUUGCAACAAACCGGUUUCGGAGCUAUUGGUGCCAAUGGUACCGGUUCCAACGCUCAAGGUGUAAGCGGCUCUUCUGGUUCAGUUUCUGGAGCCGCCGCGGGAGUGGCUAGUGGUGCCGGUGCUGCUGCUGGUGGAUUUGUCAAUGGAUUUGGUAACUCGCAAUAUUACCAACCCAAUCAAUUUGGAAACAGAUAUCCAUACAACUACCCUCAACAGCAACAACCACAGCAACCUCAAUUGCAACCCUCGCAACCCCAACAACCUGGUCAAGCAAAGGACAACGAACAAGUUCCAAGUGGCCAGCCGCAACCACAGCCUCCAAUGCCUCAGUAUGGUGCUUACCAACAAUAUCCUCAGUACGGAUACCAGGACAAUUCACAAUACCGUGGAUGGUACUAG